AUGGCGGCUGCUCCGACGGUGCCCGGAUUGUUACACUCACUGCAGGCACUUUUCUACAUUUCGUCCAUCUUUGGCGUUGUUCCCUACUCACUGUGGGCGUUCCUGAAACGCCACGUGUUGCAGUUAUCAAUUGUUGGCAAUGUGUAUGUAGUGUGCAGCUUGGUGGUCUAUACCGGGCUGUAUCAUGUGGCCACCACAAACUACGUUGAUGGUGAUUGGGAAAAAACUUUGACCAACGCCAUUGGGAUAUUUAUCAUCUACAUGGAACCACUGAUGAUGUGCACGGACAUGUUGGCGGCAAUGAUAAACCAGAAACGAUUCAUCGAAUGCUUCGACCGACUGGGGCGUGUUGAUGGGAAGCUGGCCAGCGUGGGAAUUCUGCUGGACAAUCGGCGUGCAAAGCGAACGUCCAUUUUUCUGCUACUAGCAAUGCUGCUGUUCGAAUCGAUCAUUACGGUGUACAGUUUCAUUUCUUUCGAAACGGUCUACUCGCCGUGGUCAAUGAUUUGGUUCGUAACUACCAUACCGACCGCACUUAACUCGGUCAGCCGCAUCUGGUACGUGACGCUGGUGCUGGCCGUUCGCCAUCGGUUCAAUGCCAUGAACGCCCACAUGAACGCAAUCGCACAAGGGAUUCUACACUUCAAGGAGCAGUACGGUGGUGAACCGGAAUCGGUCGGUGCGGACAUUCCGCUCGACUACCUCGAGCGGGAAAUAUUCACCGUGUACACGCAGCGCAAGAAACAGCUGCUAGCUGGAACGCCACCGAAAAAGCGAACCCAGCAACCGACUCCGAAAAUAAUAACCGUCAAACCGUACGAAGGGAAACCGCUUACCCUCGCCGAACCGAUCAAGCCGGAUGGUGGCUUGCUGCACGGCAGCGCCGUUGUUUUAGCCCCCGGUGCGGCCAAACCAGGGGACACGUUUGGACCGGCACAGGAGUACCUUCCGACGGACCUACGGCAGCGGCCACGCAUCGGCCCACGGAUGGACAACAAACUGAUACUGAUCUGUCGGACGCACGAUGAGCUGUGCGAAAUCGGGAAAAUUAUCAACCGGAUGUACAGCGUGCAGAUGCUGAUUGCGAUGGCGCACGGCUUCGUGACUAUAACGGCUCAGUUCUACUUUCUCUACUGCGGUCUCACCGGCCAGGACGUGCCGGUACUGUUCCGGUUUGCUGAGGUGCUGCUACUUUCGGUCGCCUCCAUCCUCUACACGGCCCUGAAGUGCGUGGUGCCGAUAUUUGUCUGCUGGAAGACGAAAACCGAUUCCCAGCGCACCGGCAUCGAGAUGCACUAUCUGGCGAACGUGGUGGACGAGUGUCACUGUUACGAGGUGGUCAAUCACCUGUCGCUGAAGCUACUGAACCAUCAUCUCAACUUUAGUGCGUGUGGAUUUUUCGACCUGGACAUGACCACGUUGUAUGCGAUUACCGGUGCCAUUACGAGCUAUCUUAUCAUCUUGAUCCAAUUCAACCUGGCGGCCAUUCAAAAAUCCAGUACCAACUCAACAGCAAUAAGCAACGUCACGUCUACUGCUCUAUCGCUAGUGGAAGAAGUUAGCACGGCUAUAUCGACCUAUGUUGCUAAUUAA